AUGGAAAUGUGCCCGGUGAGGCUGCGGGGAAGCUAUUUGCAUUCAAGAACGCAAGUACGAUCUGGGAACUACAAUCAUGACACAGGAGACUGUGCAUUGAGCGAUAUGGACAGAUUCACUGUGACUGGUCUGAACAGUCUAGUCCCUGAAAAGAGUGUAGAUUAUAUUGAGUCAAACUGUGUAAGCGACCCGAUCAAAAUGUGUGAUUUUAGUGCUGUAAGAGGCAAAAUUUUAAAAACAGUUGAUGCAGUAUAUGAAGACGUGAAGAGUAUUGAAGAAUGCCGUAAACUCUGCAUCCAGUCUAAAGAAUUUCGUUGUCAUACAUUUGAUUACGGUGAUGCAGGAAGCAAAGUUUGCCGACUCUCGCACCAUGCGGUAUCAAGUCUCCAACAUGUAGAAGAACCUUAUCUUGAUCUAGAGGGAGCCACAACACAUCAGUUAACAUCAUGUUACAAUGUGACAAUAAAUUGUCGUGCUUCAGAUAUGGUGGCCCGUGUUCAGACAAACAAAGUGUUCAACGGGAAAGUUUAUGCAAAAAAUAGACCUAAUUCAUGUGUAGCAGAUGUUGUCAACAGUUUAGAGUUUGAUCUGCGGUUGGGUUAUCAUGAUUUGAACUGUGAUGUGAAACAAGAUUCUCAUGGAAGAUACAGCACGGAAAUUAUAAUUCAGCAUCAUGACCAAAUUGUAACCAGCCAAGAUGUCGGGCUGUCUAUUCGAUGUUCCUUCAACAUGCAGAAUCGCAGUAUUGGACAUGGAGUUGAAUUGCAAGUAGGUGGAGAUCUUGGGCCACCAGAAAAUGAAGAAAGUGCUUUUGUAAAUUCUCCAACAGUUACAAUGAGAAUUACAAACCGAAGAGGAGAAGAUAUUCACACAGCUUUAGUUGGUGAUGCAUUAAGCCUUCGCUUUGAUAUCAAAGAUAAAAAUACUCCCUAUCAAAUAUUUGUAAGAGAACUUAUUGCACUCGAUGGAGUUGAUUCCAGUGAAAUUCUUCUCAUCGACAGUCUUGGCUGUCCAACUGAUCCUACUAUAAUGGGUGCAAUAUCUGUAGUGGAUAAUUCUGAAGGGGCUAAAAUUUUACAAGCACCUUUCGAUGCAUUUAAAUUUCCAACUUCAGAUGUUGUGCAAUUUAAAGCUCUGGUAACUCCAUGUUUACCAAAAUGUGAACCUGUUGUGUGUGAUGUGGAAGAUUAUUAUGGAAUGGUACGGCAAGUUAAUUCCUAUGGUAAGCGUCGGAAGCGUGAAUUAACUUCAGAAGGAGAAACUCAAGAAGAAAUGUUGGUGGUGCAAAGUAUUCGCAUUGCAGACAAGUUUCAAUUUGAUAAAACUGCUGAACAAAAUGCCAAAGUUUGGUCUGAUGUAUCAGAAAAUAUUCAUCCAAAUGAAUCAUUUUGUUUAAAUGGCCUAAGCCUUGCAGUAGCAACUACAGUGUUUCUUUGUGCUCAGUUACUUUUGGUUGCAACAUGGGUUUUACUGUAUCAGAAAAAGUGGAAGAACAGUGCUAAUGAAACCAAAUCCUUCCCAGCAGAUUGUCAAAGUCCCUGGCAUAGGUUAGAGAGCACAGCACAGUGACGUUAAUAGGUUGAACUAGCAUUAAAUAUAGAAUGUAGAAAUGAGUGAAUUAAUGUGAAAUGUGCAAUAGUGUGAAUUUUUUGU